GCGUAAAUUCAACCGCAGAAGAAGAACUACUCUCGUUGUAGCUGCUGAGCAUAUCGGUUGAGAACAUGUCUUCGAAAAAAAGAUCAGUUUGCUCUGUUCUGGGUUGUAGUAAACAAGGAAAGACGCUCCACAAGCUCCCCACCAACGAGCAAACAAAAGCUCAGUGGAUAUUGUUCAUUUUUGAUGGGAAUGCCCCUGCUACAUUUCCCAAAAUUCUCCAUGUAUGUGGCAACCACUUCACAGAGGAUUGUUACACAAACUUCGCGCAAUACAAAGCAGGGCACAGCACCACACUUCGCCUCAAAGAAGGAGCAGUGCCUACAAUACAUGCUGGAUUACCUGCAGCACAAGAUCGUUUUAUCCACACGGGCACACAAACAGAAGCUCCAAGUGUGAGAACAUGUGCCACUCAACUGUCAAUUGGGACCUUGAAAACACACGUGCACAGCCAGAGGACCCAGACACCAGUGUUGUCACAUGAGACUGCUGGCACACAAACCACACUGCCUGAGUACAUGUUUUCAUCCACACCUAUAAAGGGGCCAGGGUUUGGACCACAAAAAAGAGCACGUGUUGAGUCAGAGGAGGAAGAGGGAUUCACCUCACCAGAGUCACAAGUCGACCCAAAUGACUCAACCUUUACUCCUGGCGGAUCCCUAACAACACACGAUUCAACAAUGUCGACUGAAAGUGCUGUAUACAUGGAUAAAAAAUACAUUGUAUUUGAGUCCUGCCUGAGGGAGCUUUUUGACACAUGUCCAGUGUGCAAGAGAAAAUGCGAAGUGCAGCAGCAACAGAAGGGCACGUAUGUUGCAUUUCAUCAAACGUGUCCAAAAUGCAACUACUCCAGGAAGUGGCAAAGUCAGCCCAUGAUGAAUAACACCCCAGUUGGCAAUGUACAGUUAUCUGCUGCUACAUAUUUCACUGGUGCAUCCUUCAUCCAGCUGGAAAAGCUAUGCCGCGCCUUGCAGCUCCAGAUUACUCAUUAUGACACCUUCCGGAAACAUGCAAGGAAAUACCUGGAACCUGCAAUCGUCCACAAGUGGAAGAGUGACCAGCAGGUCCUUUUCUCCACAUUGAAACCGGGGGGGAAAGUUCAAGUUGCAGGAGACAUGCGUGCAGAUUCACCAGGUUGUACCUUGCAUCCAUGCAUCACAACGAAAAUUCCAGCCGUGAGCAGGCAACAACCGCUUUAG